GCUAAUGACAAACGCAUGCGCACUGGCUCCUGUAGCAAACCCUGAUACUAGUUCCGUCAUAUUAGAGUGAAAUUCGCUUUUAUAAAUGGCGCUUUUAGUAUUUUAACGUUUUGUGGAUAACUAAUGACAUUUAACCGUUGUAACCUGUUCGGUGUUCGGCUUAAACAGGUCGUCUGAACUUUGGUGCUGCUGUUGCCAGAUUAUGUUCAUCAGAACAUUCCAGUAACGGUUUUUACAGCAACACACACUCAGUCCAGAGACCAUGUGGUGGUUCCAGCAGGGUCUGUGCUUCCUGCCUGUGGCUCUGGUCAUCUGGACAGCAGCCUCCUUUGUCUUUGCUUAUGUCACAGCGGUGCUGCUCAGACAUGUGGAUCCUCUGGUUCCCUACAUCAGUGACACUGGAACCAUGGCACCAGAAAGGUGUGUGUUUGGCAUCAUGUUGGAUGUGUCGGCCUUCUUAGGAAUGGCAACAGUGUACGUCCGUUACAAACAGGUUGAGGCUCUGACUACUGCAGACGAAGUCACCCUCAUCGGGAGCCGCUAUGGCCUGCUGCUGGGCUGGAUCAGCUCCUUAGGAAUGUGUGUGGUUGCCAACUUCCAGAAGACCACCCUGUUCUCCAUGCACCUGGUGGGCGCGGUGCUGACCUUCGGGGUCGGAGCUCUUUACAUCGUGGUUCAGACGCUGAUCUCAUCCAAGAUGCAGCCUCACAUCAACAGCAAAAGCAUCUACCUGAUCCGCCUGGGGGUCGGUGUCUGGACCAUGAGUAGCAUCAUCAGCAUGUUCAUAUCGUCAGUCAUCAUGUACAGCAGUCUACCAGGAGAGGACCUGCCUCACAAACUGCACUGGACACCAGGAGAAGUGGGUUACACAGCUCAUAUCAUCAGUACCGUGUCUGAAUGGUCUCUGGCCUUUUCCUUCAUCAGCUUCUUCCUCACUUACAUCAGAGAUUUUCAGAAAAUUAACCUGCGAGCAGAGGUAAAUCUGCAGAGCGCACACCUGUACGAUUGUCCACAUGGAGGCGCUGCGGCGACACGACAACACAAACGUGAAGCAUCUGAAUCUUCUCCACUGCUCUCAGGAGGAAUCUGACCAACAAAUGAGUAUCAGACAAGAACUGACAAAAUACACAAACAUACAGGUUUUAUACCAUAAGCAUUUUCUUCUAUGGGCUUCAAUGGCAUUACUGCCAUCUAGUGGGUAAUUUUACACCAAUUAAAAUCCCUUCCAAGUUUCUAUCAGUGACAUCAUGGUAAUUAAUAGCAUAAACCAGAAUUUAUGAUAGUGAAUCAACUGAUUACUUGACAGUAGUUGUUAAAUAUACUGUACAUAUAAACAGUUUUCAAAAAGCCACUUAUUUUGGUGAAGGGGUUUUUAAAACCUCAGGUGUGGAAAAAGUUCAAUAUAAAGUAAAUCCUUAUUUUUCAAAAACAAGAUAUAAAUAUACAUUAAGUUUUCUAAAUUUCUAGGCUCAAGAGUAGCCCAUGUUUAGGAACUCUGCUGUUCUUAUGGCAUUUACUACAUUUUCCACAAUGUGGAAUUUUAACACUGUAAAAAAAACAUUUUAAUUUAGCAACAGCAGACAUAGUAAAAUGUGUGGAAAAAUUCAAACACAUAAAUAUUAAAAGCUGUCUAAAAUGUGUUUUUGAAUGUAACUUGUCAGAAGCCCGUCACUACCUUAACAUGUGGUUUGGCCAUGGACUAUUUUUAUGUAAAUGGUCACAGCAAUUCUGAGCUUCCCUAUUCCCUAACUAAUCACAACAACUUUCAUCCCUUUCAUUAGAAAAUAAUUAAAAUUGUAUAAAUCAUAAACCUAUUUAGAGGAAAAUGUUUCAUAAUGCAUUACAGGGGUCUUUCUUUGUGCAAAGUCCAAACUUGAGUUGAUAGAGUUGCAACAUUUUAAGGUGUAGCAGUGUCCAUUUUAUGUAUAUGUUCUCUGGCUACAACCCUGCUGCUACCCAGGGCAGAAGCUGGUUUUCUUAUGAUUUUAGUAUUUAAUGGUUUGGAUGUGGAUGUUGACACUGAUGUGUUAAACUGAACCAAAAAAAAAUUAAAGUUUUAAGUAAAAAUGUUAGCGUAAAAAGUACAGUAUAUACAGUAUAACACUUUUACGUUCUUUGUACUUGAUAUCAGAUUAAUUGGAUCCAGAGAACCUGACAGAUUUUCUGCCUAAUAUUCAUGCCCUUUUUUUUGUUGCAUUUUAUAGAACCUCAGGGAGUUGUUUUUUUUUUAAUCCAGAUUAGUUGAAGCCAAUUUAUUUUUAUCAAACUAGUCCUUAGACCUUAUGGCUAUGUUCAUCAAGGUAGCAUUAUUGCUGUGCUUGUGUCUUUUUGUUUAAAUAGCACGAUCAGUUUUGUCUUGAUGAAGCUGAUGAAAAUGUGGGUCAAUAUUUAAGGUCACUUCUAGCCCUUUUUGUUUCAAUUUCAUCAAAUGAUCAAUUUUUUUUCCAACAUCUGCAUUAUUAUACACGUCUGGGUUUAUACUUUAUUACUGUUGGAGGGGACUAUCAUUAUUAUAACUAUUCAUUAAAAAAAACAAAACGAUAUAAAAGACUCUACUUCUUGUUAAAUGCAGCUCAAACUCAAUGUGAUUUUUUUUUAUUCUCUAUUUAGUAGAACAACAUGAAAAGUCACUCCAUUGGAAGCAAAUAUGUCACAAACUGUAUUUCCUUCAUAAAACUAUUUUAUUUUUGUUAUGGAAAGUGAAUAUUAUUCAGUUUCAGCCAUUGAAUAAUUCUGAAAAAGAUGGAAACCUUUACCACCAAAUUAAACAAUUAUUAAAAUCAACUGUCCAAACGCAAGGGUCUGAUCACAAUCAUCACAUUCUCUGCACAACAGAAACUUGUGUGUUUAGCCCCGUCUUCUUCAUGUACUCAAAACUACAAGUUCACUUUAAACCAUAACCAGAAUCAAUGGCUUGUUUACAUUAUGUACACAGUUC